UCGAAACUAGAUGUUAUGGAAAGGCAAGCGCCUAUUAACUGAGAUGAAAUCAAAAUGAUACAAAAAUCGGCAUCUAUUGUUUUACUGCUGUUUUUGUUCCUAUUCCUCUUAUAUCUUGUCGGAGGGCUUAUUUUUACCAAAGGUUUUCUUCUAAAACGAGAUGUAGUAGGCGAGAACAGUACUUGCCGCGUUGACUUCGCCCGGUACUGGGACGGUGAGUCCCAUGGGAAGGAAGGAUGCUGGCUCCACAGACGGUUCAACAAGGCCGUUGUUAUACUUAUAGAUGCGCUCAGAUUUGACUUUGUUGCUCCUAGUGAUGCUCACAAUAAACCGUAUUUGAAUAAAUUGCCAUUUGUUCAAAAUCUCCUUCUCAAAGAACCAAAAAAUUCUCGGUUGUACAGAUUUGUAGCUGACCCACCCACUACUACCCUGCAGCGAUUAAAAGCUUUGACUACUGGAAGCCUACCAACAUUUGUAGAUGCAGGUUCAAACUUUGCAAGCACUGAAAUAUCUGAAGACAAUGUCAUAGAUCAGUUGGUAAAGCAGGGACGGAAAUUGGUGUUUCUUGGAGAUGAUACAUGGCAAAGUUUGUUCCCUAAACAGUUUACAAGGAAAUAUCCAUUCCCUUCCUUUAAUGUAAAAGAUUUGCAUACAGUGGAUAAUGGUAUAUUGGAACAUGUUUACACAGAAUUACAGAAUAAAGAUUGGGAUGUUUUGGUAGCACAUUUCCUUGGAGUUGAUCAUUGUGGUCAUAGAUUUGGACCAAACCAUCCCGCAAUGCAGGAUAAACUCGCACAGAUGGAUGACAUGAUCAAGAAUGUGAGUAAGACCUUAGACCCUGAUACAGUGUUGAUUGUGAUGGGUGACCAUGGGAUGACAAUGACAGGAGAUCACGGGGGAGACAGUGCUGAUGAGGUGGACGCAGCCCUGCUUGUGUACAGCAAGUCAACAAUCACCACAGCAACUACACCUCAGUCCAUAUAUCGUGCUGUAUCGCAAGUUGACCUUGUGCCAACCCUAUCCCUUCUCCUUGGUGUCCCUGUCCCGUUCUCCAAUCUUGGCUCUGUCAUCACUGACCUAUUCUCCUACUGCAGCUGGUCUAGAGAUUCACACAUCAAGGAGGUGUACCACAUUGUUGAGGCCCUGAGAGUGAACGCCCAGCAGAUGAAUCAGUACAUGAGCCACUACAUGCGGAUGUCCUCCGAUCUCCCUGCCCAGAAGCUGAUGGUCUUGCAGGCAAAGCUGCGUGAGGCUGAGGCCAAGUUACAGAGACUUGUCACCGACCUCUUCAUCCACAAUGUGGACAACAAUGCUCACGAGAUGCUGCAUUACUUGGAGCAGGAAUACAUUCAGUAUAUGCACCAAGUGAGGGAAAUGUGCCGUGAUGUGUGGGCCAAGUUUGAUAAUGCAUCAAUGGGCUUAGGCAUAAUAUUUCUUGUUGUGACUGUUGUAGUUAACAUCUAUAUAAUAUCUGUGGUCCAGCAUCUCAGUGAGGAUAAAUGGCCAGGGCCUACUGUUAUAGUGAUUUCAGUUUCUGUGGUGUUCUUGAUAUUUUGUGUUCUACAGUCUUUUUAUUUGGAAAGCAGCUCAGUCAGUAUUCUUGGAUUUAUAUUAGGUUUUUUUGACAUUAUUGCAUUAGGGAUAAUCAUACAUGUGACGAGAACUAAUAAAGACCAGAAUGAGACCAGUGGAAGUGCAACUUCAAUAAACACAUGGAUUUCAGUUGAUAAUAUUGUGUCAGUAACACUUGUAUUAAUCAAUUUAUUGUCCUAUUUUUCAAACAGUUUUGUAGUUUUUGAGGAUAGCAUUUCACAAUUCUGCUUUCAAAGCAUUGUCUGGUAUUUGUGUGCUAAGACGGUAGUGAAUAUUUUGAAGGAAAAUAGACAUCUAAAGGAUUUAUCAAAACCUAGGACUAAAAGUGUCAAACACCAGGACAUUAGAAAGAUUGUCACAAAGUCUGUUGUACCAGUGAUGCUUUUGACAGCCACAUGCAGCUACUUUGUUCGCCUUUCAGCAAAUUUUAGAAACCAAAGGGAAGAACAGCUAACAUCCGAGCCAUUGCAAAAUGCGUCCAUUUCAGGGGAGGGAAAUGUUGUGGGUAAUGAGAACAGAAAUAUGCAGUUUUUCUUGUGUUCAGCAUGUUUUGGGCUGGUUGUUUACCUGCCUCAGAAGUGGUUGAAGGAGAGUGGAAAUCUCAAUGGUGUGUCAGGAACAGUCCUGUGUGCCCGCUACCUUGUCCCCAUGGCAGCUGUUUCUACUGUCCUCUAUUGGGCCUUGCAGUGCCUGCCCGAGCGUGUGUUAGAUGCCCUUCCCAUCUGGCAGCAGACAGGCCUCGCCCAGCUAGUGUACCUGUCUGCUAUUAUCUCAAUGGUGAUGUUCUUGAUUACACCCCUCUGUGUGUACAUGCCGGCACAACCUGGACCACAGCUGGCCGUCAACAAUGGAGCUCAGGACAAAGACAUUGUUGGCAAACUCUUCUCCUACAUGAAGAGCAGCUGGGAGGAAGAUAAUCAGCAGGCCAGGGGGAGAUCAGAGGUUCCCCGUGUGUUUGGGCUGGGGACAGUCUACACUGCUGCUCUCAUAUAUACUGGUCUGGUUUUGGUGCUGGUGCUAUCAUUGUUGUUGGGCAGUGCAUUUGCACCCAGUUUCCUCACCGCUCUCAUGGCAGCCUUCAUGUUUCUGGAGCUUUUCUCCAUUGCCGUCAGGGCCUGCAGGGACACAGACCUGUUGGUUCUGGGCAUGCUGGCCUGGUCUCUUCUGAUGACCACAUACUUCUAUGGGUUUGGUCACCAGGCUACCAUCCCUGCCAUACGAUUUGAGGCAGCAUUUGUUGGUUUCCAUGGUGACUGGGAGUUGCGUUUGUUGCCGGCGGGGAUGAUCCACAGUAACAUGUUUGCUGCGGAGAUCCUGUUCACGUUCCUUGCUCCGCUCCUGUUGCUGUGGCCCUGUACUAAUGGACUUAUCUCUGGACACAUAUUGUCACGGGCAGAGGGUGGUUGGCAAGGUGACUUUGUCAUGUACAACAACCCCACUGUAUUCCGAGAACUCCUGCUGAAACUGACAUCCUACCUCUACUUACUUCAUGGGGGCAAGAUGUUGAGCAGUGUAUUAGCAGCGGCAGUUCACCGGCGCCACCUGAUGGUGUGGAAGAUAUUCGCCCCACGGUUUGUCUUCCAGGCGAUGGCGUCCUUCACAGUGUUUGGAGCAUCAGUUCUCUCCCUAGCUGUACUCUUCAGGGUGGAGAAAGCCCUGGAACAAUGGACUGAAAAACUGAAAUAAAAAAAUCAUUUCCUAGAAUUAAAUGGCUUCAUUAGUAGGACUUUAUUUCUUGAGAUUAAAUUGUACAGAUGUAGAAUUUCAGAGCAUUAUUAGAGUUGGUCCAUGUCAUGAAGGCUUCAUAUCGUUUAACUAUUAUGCAAACAAUUUUUGUUAUAAAUGUUUGUUUCAUUUCAUCAGCCUUUAUUUGUAGUUUAAUGUUGAAAUAUUUAUAUACGCAAAUGUGGCAAUUGGUGCAAGUUUAUAGUCAACUGAUUAUGUUGUACUUUUGUAUGAUUUACAAAUUUAUGAUUUGCUGAUAAGCAUUUCUGUGUAAGAGUGUUGACUGUAGCAAUGGAAGGCAGUUCACCUUGUACAAUUUCAAAAUGCUUUCAGUGGGGUUUUUUGGUGCCAAUCCUCUGUUUGGUACCAUUUGUAUUUAGCUGGCCUCUUUAAUUUGGCUUACCUGUGGCCCACUUUGCCACUGUAUGUAUUCAAGAUGAAGCAGUUUUCAUUCUCGGAUUUAGUUGUCUAAGGUAAAAUAGAAAAAAUAUGACUGAAUUGGACAUUCAUACUUAUUUUAUGAUCCAACUUAUUAAAAGCUAUGUGAUCACUUUUCUUUCCAACAGCUCCAUGUAUGGUAGCCAAAAUAUUUUUGUUUGAAACGGAACUGUUCAAAAUGCUUAAUUAGAUGUGGUAUUUAAAUGGUGCAGUUUUCUUUGUAGCCUAUGACAUGCUUUAUAUGGUCUGUGUUUUUUUAAUAUUUAUAUACAUGGUAUUGCUUAAGCAUGUAAUUGUGAAUAAAAUAAAAUGAA